AUGCCUUUACUUCAAGCAGAUAGACCAAUAAAAAUUCAGGAGAGACACAAGAGGUAUUCUCAUUGGUCAGAAAGGCCCUCCAGCUUGCGCAUGGUCAACGCUCAGCCUCGUUCUAGCGGCGCUGCACCUCCGCCUCAAGGUCAACCUCACCUCGUCCUAAUUGUCGCUGAUGACCUGGGCUGGAACGACGUCUCCUGGCACAACCCUCAAGUGGUCACCCCCCACCUGCAGAAUCUCGCUCAAACUGGGGUCAUCCUCGAACAGUCUUACGUCCAGCCCAUCUGCACGCCGACGAGGUCAGCGCUUCUCACGGGGCGCUACCCUUUCACGCUGGGUAGACAGCAUGGUGUGUUGUGGCCGAAGGAACCCACGGGCCUCACCCUGAAUGCUACCCUUAUUCCAGAGUCCCUGAAGAAAGUGGGUUAUUCCACUCACGCCGUUGGCAAAUGGCAUCUAGGAUUCUGCAACUGGAGCUACACUCCAACCAGUAGGGGCUUCGACACCUUCUACGGCUACUACACGGGCGCCGAGGACUACUUCCACCACUUCCGGCUUCAAAUGGGCCGGAAAGAAAUGCCAAACUUCGUGGAGUAUCCGUCUCAUAAAACGAAAAAAGGCACCAGGUUUGGCUACGACUUCAGGAAUAACACGACACCGGACUUGAGUGUAGAUGGAACUUAUUCUACGUACGCUUUCGCAUCCUACGUGGAGAAUCUUUUGUCGUCUCGGAGUCCCAGAGAUCCUAUGUUCCUGUACCUGCCCUUCCAGAGCGUCCACUCCCCCCUGGAGGUCCCUGAGAACUACACGCGUCCUUACAGGCACAUCAAGCACAAGGAUCGCAGAACAAAGCUCGGUAUGGUGACGGCCAUGGACGAGGCGGUUGGGCGGGUCGUGGCGGCGCUCAAGUCUUCUGGGCACUACAAUAACUCCGUCAUCGUUUUUACGACUGAUAACGGCGGCCCAACCGUGAGCGCCGGGAACAACUGGCCUCUGAGGGGGAACAAGUCAACGCUCUGGGAAGGAGGCACAAGGGGCGCCGCCUUUGUGCACUCGCCUCUCCUGCAGAACCCCGGCACCGUCUCGCAUAAACUGAUUCACGUGACGGACUGGUACAAAACAUUCAUGGGACUGGCAGGCGGGGAAGCACCCAAGGACACGGACGGGUUCGACCAGUGGUCUGCGCUCGACGGUCUCUCCGAGUCACCCAGAACACGCAUGAUCUACAACAUCGACAACACCACAACUUUUAGCGCAGGCAUAAGGUAUGGCGACUACAAAUUACUAGUUGGCAACCCCGGACCUGGAGAGUGGACGCCACCUCCUGAAGACGCCCAGGACACAAACUCUACGGUGAAUCCCGCCCUCUUUCACCCUACCCCUAACCCCACUGGAAAUCAACCGGGCGUUCAAGACGUAGUUCCCACAAGCACGUACCAUACUCCCUUAACAGACCUCAACGACAACAGUCUCAUAGAAGGAGCUGUCGACGUGGCUCCUGAGGAUAAUGGCAUCUUUGUUACCAUAAAUAACAGUACGACUAACGACUGGAACCCUCGGCUGGACAACAACGGUCCCUCUUUGUCUGAGUAUAACGAAGAGGAAGAGGAACGAGAGGGGAAGGAAGAGGAGGAGGAGAAGGUGGUGGAAAAGGAAGAGAAAGAGGAGGAGGAGAAGGUGGUGGAGAAGGGAGAGAAAGAGGAGGAGGAGGAGAUGGUGGUAGAGGAGGAAGAUGAAGAAAAUGGGGAAGAAGGAAAGGAAAAAGUAGUAGAAGAAAAGGAAGAGAAGGAAAAUGAAGAUGGAGUAUAUGCCACGGAAAAGAAUGAGAAGAAAUAUGAAGGCGCGAGCGACUAUCUUUCCGCGAGGGAGUUCGUGGAUUCACUGCUUGACACCGAAGAGAUCAGACUCUUCAACCUGAAGCUCGACCCAAACGAGCGCACGAACAUCGCCGCAAGUCAACCCGACGUCGUGAAAAUCCUGUUGGCCAUCCUCCUGCAUCAGCUGGACACCCGCUACGUGGACGCCGACCUGCAACCCAACGACCCUCGAGCUAAUCCGAAAUACUGGCAUAAUUUCUGGUCGCCCGGAUGGUGCGAAGCCAAAUAAAAACGGAGAAUGCGCUAAGGGUUGAUGUUAAAGAAAACGAGAUUUAUAUGAAUGCAUUUAAAUAUGAGAGGAAGGGUGGGCGUAGUUAAUGGUUUGAGAUUUUGUUUAUUGCUUUUGUUAUAAUAAUUAUUAUCACUAUUAUUAUUGUUGCUGUUGUUGUUGUUUUGUUGUUGUUUUUGUUGUUAUUAUCAUGGUUGCUAUUAUCAUUAUUAUUAGUUAUCAUUGUUAUUAUAUCUUUAUAUUAUUGUUAUUAUUAUGAUUAUUAUCAUUAUUGUUAUUAUUAUUAUUAUUAUUAUUAUCAUUAUUAUUAUUAUUAUCAUUAUU